UACGUAUUCUUUGGAUUUCCAUCCAAUUUUAAGUUUUAACCAAAUAUCGGAUUCUUUUCCAUUCAUCAUGACGAUAUCUGGUCUGAUCGAUUCCCAUUUUUCAUAAAUACUUGCUUGGUUGCUGAGAAAAGCAUAAGAAAAGUCAUCAAACCAAAAAAGAAAAAGAGCUUAAGAAACUAAAUUAUGGAUUGUUGACUUUAUAUAGGAUUUUUGGAAAUUAAAGUUACAGCCUUUGAACGGUUUCAAGAAUUUUUAUUUGAGGAAAACUUUUUGAAGGUUUUUAUUUAAGACUUAAAAGGUCUGCAACGAUGAGUGACAAUUUGAUGGAGAAAGUGAGCGCUCUUGGCGAGCGCCUCAAGAUCGAAGGCACUGAGGUCGGUCGAAAAAUGAGUGCUGGAUUUAGCUCAGUGAGCUUCAAGGUGAAGGAGCUCUUCCAAGGCCCAAACCAAGCAGAUAAGAUCGUUGAAGAUGCCACAUCAGAGGCACUCGAAGAACCUGACUGGGCUAUGAAUCUUGAAAUUUGCGACAUGAUCAAUACUGAAAGAGUUAACAGUGUUGAAUUGAUUCGUGGGCUGAAAAAGCGGAUUACGUUGAAGAAUCCUAGGGUCCAGUACCUUGCGCUAAUGCUGCUUGAAACAUGUGUUAAGAACUGUGAAAAGGCUUUCUCAGAAAUAGCUGCGGAGAGAGUUCUUGAUGAGAUGGUGAAGCUGAUUGACGACCCUCAGACUGUUGUUAAUAAUCGCAAUAAAGCUUUGAUGCUGAUCGAAGCAUGGGGGGAAUCAACCGGUGAGCUCCGGUAUUUGCCUGUUUAUGAGGAAACAUACAAGAGUUUAAGAUCAAGGGGUAUUCGGUUUCCUGGUCGCGACAAUGAGAGUUUGGCACCAAUAUUCACUCCCCCUCGUUCAGUUUCUGCUUCAGAGUCGGAUGCUAGUUUUUCCCAGCAGAUUCCGGUUGAGAUUCCUGCUCAAAGCUUUACGGGUGAACAAACAAAGGAAGCAUUUGAUGUUGCAAGAAACAGUAUUGAGCUUCUUAAUACUGUUUUCUCCUCUUCACCCCAACAAGAUGCUUUACAGCAGGAUGACUUGACGGCCACACUUGUACAGCAGUGCCGCCAAUCUCUAUCCACUGUCCAGAGAAUUAUAGAGACAGCUGGAGAGAACGAGGCCUUGCUGUUUGAAGCAUUGAAUGUGAAUGAUGAGAUCCAUAAGGCUCUAUCCAAGUAUGAAGAACUGAUAAGGCCUUCAGUAGUUCCAACUGCGCCGGAACCUGCAAUGAUACCUGUUGCUGUGGAGCCUGAUGAAUCGCCAAGUCAUGUGAAAGAGGAUUACUUGAUUAGAAAACCAGCUGCUUCUCGAGGUUUGGUUCAUGCAGGGAGCAACGAUGACAUGAUGGAUGAUCUUGAUGAGAUGAUAUUUGGCAAGAAAGGUGGAAGUCCAUCUGAAGGAAGCCAAGAUCCGAAGAAGCAGCAGACGCCAGCAAAGGAUGACCUGAUCAGCUUUUGAUAUGGUUUAAAUUUAUAAUUCAAUGUACUUACUGGAAAACUUUGCUGGUGUUAGCACCAGCAAAGUUAGGUGUUGAUUGUUGGAGAUGUUGAAGUUUGAUGUUUGAAAGAUUUCACCUUGAACAUAUAUGUGGUCUCUUUUUUUUUUUCCCCCUCUCUUCCUGUUCUUCUCAGUACAUUGACCAUUGUUUCUGCACAUUUUGGGUAAGUAAUCAAAUUUGGAUGCACAGUAUCUAUGCAGUGGCCUUCAUAGCUGAGA